AAAAAUGUCAGAACGCCAAUCCAAAUAUUUUGACUAUCAAGGUAUCGUCAUUUCCUCCACUGGACAAGAUAACCAAGAUUCGGAGACGGACCUCGUUUAUCUCAUUCAAGCUCAUGGAAAAGCGGCCCCGAAGAACAUCAUGUACGGUGUCUCCAAGUGCGCAUUUGUUCCAACAAACUUGGAGAGGAAUUUCGAUAAUAUCGAAGAGGCAAAAAAUCUUGAACGUCGAUCCAAAAUCCCGCUAAAGUUCGGUGAAGUCAUCCUAUGGAACGAAUCGGACUGUGAUCACGAUAAGAGGAUAAUCCUUCAUAUCAAACGAGAAAAACCAAUUUAUGAAGCGUCUUCCAGCAGAAAUGGACUUAUUUUGAAAGUCGGUGGCGUCAUCCAGCCCACCUCAACGACCUCGUUCUGGACGCCAUUAUGCACCGUCACCAUGCCAGAGACAGAGGCGACCCGUGCGGAGCCAGACGUUUGGCUAUACGCCUGGAUUCGAUUCGAAACUACCAUGAAGAGUGGUCUAGAUCCUUUCAAUAUGACUGCAACAUUCGAAUCGUUUGACAGUUGCGAUCCAUCCGACCAAGCACGCGUCUGUGAAGCGCCAUGGAACGCAGGCUCUCCUGACUCUAAAUUCGGUGUUUGGCGCCCGGAUCCAAAGCCUGCUGAUAGCGACGACGAAAUUGAUAUCGAGCCGAGAGAAGGCUGGCACUUGCCAGAAGACAAAUGGGCCGAGGUCAUCAAGAUGCAGCUUGGCCUGUAUGUCGGCGAACGCCUACUGAUUUGCAAAGAACUCUCGCAGUUCGACUUUAUUAUCCCACUGCAGAAGCCAUUUUCCCGAGGAACGGACAAGACUUUGAUCUACCCAGCCGUCGGAGAAUACUUUCAUUUCAGUGCUAUUUGGUCGAUGCAGCACAACGGUUUUCUGAUCUAUGAGCUUCAGCCAGUUCCACUUCUCAGACAGCAUGUAACCUCUGUCAACGGAAAUCUCCUUACCCGCGUCGUUCCUGCCAGUAUCAGAGGUCUCUUCGUUGACAAGGAGGGCACUCUUGGAUUGAUUGAUGACCCACACCAUCUUCUUUCAUUCUUCGAGUUUCAUCCAGCUGGUUAUGAAUUCUUGAAGGCUAUGGCCGAAGUUCGUGCUGUUCGAACUUCAGAAAACAAAUCUGUCCGUUACCGCAUUGUUCGUACAUCGGGAAUGUCCAUUUUUGAAAACUGGCUUCGUGAUACUCAGUUCGUUGUUGGUCCAGUCAAAGGAAUUCGAAUCAAUGAAGACACUGUCAUUUGUGCCAAACAUCCGAAUGUCUACUUCAAAAUCCCCAAUAACUUGAAGGAAGGAAUCCCCAUUGGCGGAGGAGUUCAAUUCGUUGGAAAGCGACAAGCUGGAGUCGACAGUGAAAUUAUGAUCACCGAAUGUUCUCCAUGUCCAGCGUUCACUUGUAAAAAUUACUCGGUCUCUGGUGAUACGCGCUUGUUCCAAGUGUACUUGAAGCCAAAUUGCGAUCAUGAGCAGUUGGCGGAGAGUGAUUCGAUGGGAUUUGUGGAUUUCAGAGAGUUGGAGACUCCAUGUAGAGGAAAGUUCCUGGCAUGGGUCCGUGAAUCCAUUACUGUCAAUGAUUGUCGCCGUGCUGCUACCAUCAUGGAAGUAUGCUCGACAGCCAUCUGUCCUCCGUUGAUUGCAAUGAGCGCGAAUUCGAGCAGAGCAACAUCGGCCAGAACUACGCCAGCUGGAAGUUCCAUUGGAUCCAGAUCAUCAAUUCAAUCAAGAGCAUCUGCAGCUACUUCAGUGAGCUCAAACCGAUUCGUUGGCCCUUCAAGCCGCAGAACUCCAUCUGGUACUCCACAAAGCUCAACAUCUUCCAGGGUCUAAUUAAAUAUAUACGCAUCCCGUUUUCCCCCGUAUUUGUGUUUCAAAUGUUCUGCUCAUUUUUAAUCUACCCGUUAUCCAACCAAACAUUUAUUUAUUUAAACUUCAAGUUCCACCACCAUCCCAUUCCGCACAACUUGUCUCUCGUAAUUUUCUCGUGCUCUAAUGAAGUUGUGGUAGGUU